AUGUUGUUCAACUUGAUAAUCCUACACCUCCAAAUAACUCUGUGCUCUGUGUACCUUUCGACCGCCUCCCUGCGAAAGUUGAAGCCUAGGCGCGAGCAGAUGGAAAGGCAUAAUCUCAACAAUGAAGAACAAGCAGAUACUCUUCAACAGCUUGCUCGAAUUACGCUGCACAAUGCAGACCCCAACAUUAUUGUUGACUUUCUCGGUGUCUCCCUUGAUGUCCUCAGCGGAGUAAAGGACCUCAAGGUGGAGUACUUGUCACGCCUCGAGUGGCUCAGACAGCUCACAAACCUUACUGGCAAUGCAUGGAACAAGACACUGAAUGGUGGUCGGGCUGAGCGGAACAAGUACAUUCUUCUGCAUGAGUUCCACCACCUGAAGUGCAUCUAUCCUGAUAAGACAUACCACAAGAAAGCGCUGGGCGGGGUCGGGAACAAAGGCAAAUGGGACAACUUCAAGGGUGGUCUCAUGUUUGAGCCGAAGCGUAGUCUUUGGGACAAGUGUAUCGUCAUACACAUCAACUCACUGUAUCUGAAUAUCAUCCAGGAGUAUAAAAUUGACUUCACUACCCUCGAGCGCUUGCAGGAUGACGACAAUGUCAAGGUACCAGACCCACCGCUACCUGAGGUACCUCAGGGUGUCCUUCCACGUCUUAUUGCAACACUGGUCAACUGA